AUGGAUCCGAAGAAUCUACCGACCCGACUUCCUCCGUUCCCAGUGUAUGAUGUUCCGGCCGCCAAAAAAUGGCUUGCAGAUCCCAAAAACCACGAUCUUUCAGAUUGGAAGAAUGAGAAAGAUACUGCUGGAGGCAAUUGGUCAGCGUUGGAGCUUUACAUCUCGGAGGUGGCAGGUAUAUCCAGAGCCGAACUGUGCGAGAUCGUCUUCUCCGCCUGUCAAGAAGUAUGGGGCGACGUUCCGAUGCAGGUCCGUCUGAAUCAUGCUAUGAGAGAGAUCAUUACUCAGAAAUCUGCUGCAGCUUUAAAGGAACAAUGUACUAGGAAAUGGAAAGACGACAUGGGAACUUGGAUGCAUACCGCUUUGAACGUAUGGAUGGGUCGAGCAGUCUCGAGAUGGAAGAAGAGUGAGGCGACGGCGAAGCGCAAAGAGAGGAAGCAUAAGAUCCCUUCUACACCGGGGAAGACAUUUCAGCAGGUGGAGCCAGUGCCACGAGCAUCCGUUGAGACCGCUUUCACGAAACCAUCAGCAACGGGUUCGGUCAAAGCUCCCUUCAAGGGAGGUCCUUCACAACAUCAGGAAAGCUCUCGAGCGGGACCAACGCAACAGCUUGAGUCGGUCGGAUGCAAUGGUGUUCCAGAGAACAGCCACCCAUCAUCAGCUGCGAAGAUCGCUCAGGUCAAAACUAAAUCACGGGUAAAAUCACUCCUCGGUGCACCAAUCCGUGGUACGGUCAUAAAAUCGUCCAUCGGAGGCCCCGCUACCGCUGUCUGCCAGGAAUACGAUGAUUUCGUCACGUACGUGGUUCACGCCUCCAAAGUCCGCCAUAAGGUCAAUCUACUGCCCCAUGAUGAUGAUGGUGAUGAUCAUGAUGGUGAUAGCGAGUUGGAGAGCUUUCGUCUGACUGCCGAGAGAUUUCGUGCAGCAGUUAGGGAGCGUGCGAUUGAGGACGGCAUCCUAAAGCGUUACAAUGCAACUGGAUGUAACAAAUCCUAUCAUGGCACAGAACUAGAUGAUCAUAUCCUCGUUCAAGAUUAUCCUGAGCGCCGCGAAACUUGGGCGGAAGAGUAUUUCACCAAAGGCUGUGGACCUGCGGUAAAAACUUCAAUGGAAAAAGUCUUAUCGUUCUGCGCCUUGAGACACCGUGGUUGUUAUGUACCUCCAGGCCGUCGAGCUGCAGAAUCAUCAACAGCAAACACGAAAGUAAUCCCGCAUUUGGAGCUGGCAACACUCACCUCAGCUGACUGUGCAGAAUACUUGGACCUAAUUUGUAUGAUUGUACGAAAAGCUCUUCGUCGUACGAGUCCGCAAACUAUUUAUGAGACUGCCUUCCUUCCUGCCCGGUGUGCCCCAAAUCGCAAAAUGGCGAAAAAACUGCUCAUUCGAGCUUUUAGGCGAAUGGUCAAGGACAAUAUUCUGGAGCACAACCGAAAAGGUGGCUACGAUCUGUGCUCUUCUUUCGAAGCUAAACGCUUCUUCAGAUGCCGACACUCAUUUCGCACCCCAGAUCCAGAUCCGCAAGGCCCGGACUUGGAAAGCGAGCAGUCGCUGUCACGCUUAGAACGUUUCCUCGACGCCAAUGUCGAUAGUAUAAGCCAAAAUGAUUUGAUAAGGCUGUAUGGACCAGAAGCUGCUUCUUACUACGAUCGAUUACAGUCUGAAAUGCGGCCAAAAGUAAAAUUCGAAAUCGUCGAGGAUGAAAUAAAAUCUGAAACCGACGAUACCCUCGACGAAGUGAAAAAUAUAGUUCUAAUAGGAUCUGCGAGCUGGCCCAUUGAUGGUUCUGGCUUUUCAAAGCCAUUACCUACCUCUUUUGCACUCAGUACCAUGGAAACCACUGUGGCGGACUUACGUAAACAAUACCCUGAUGAUCGCCUCGACAUCCUUCACUAUGCGAACUCCCCAAACAUUGUUCAUGUUACAUGCCAUGAAUGCAAUGUACGGCUCGACUUUGGUUUCGACCCUGAUCUUCGAUCGCUGGCUGCACAUUUGAAAUCUACCAAGCAUACCUGCAUGAUGAUGCAAAGGUUUUCAGGCCAAUUUCCACGACAGACUCUUGCAACCCAGGAAAGGCUCGGGAUCUUGGAGCAGCUGAUAGAGGAUCUCCAAGACGGCAUUCACUCGAUUCCGUGGCUGGCAGCGAUUUGUGAGCUACCUCGGUCAGCAGCAGAACCAAGGCCACUUAUUUCCAGAGUCACGACGCCGCGAUCACAUGAAGGAACUACUCCAAUCUUAAACAGAGCAGAUACCGGAAACAUUUGCGUGGAAGGAGAGGGGCCGGAAGAUGAUAUCAAAGUCAUUAUGGAACGCCGGCGAAGGGAGUUACAGUUGAAGAGGAAAAUAGAGCAUGAUCAACAAGAGAAAGGUGCCAAAAGGCCACAUUUGGAAGAUAUAUCGAGCGGGAAAAAUAGUCUUCUUACUACGAUCGCGCAGUUGACAGCGCGGAUCAAGACUUUGGAGCAAGCCACAUUUGAUGAGGGAAAUGCAGCAGCUAUGGAGGGUUCCUUUCGCGGCGAGGCAGGUGAAUCUCACAAAGUAUCUUGA